AAGAAGUCAUCUGGAAAAGAAUACACUGUUUCAGAAAAUGGUGUUGAUUGUGAUCGGAAUUAUCCAAUGUCAUUCUUUACUGCCCAAACGAUUCCAACUGAUGACUAUCCGACACCUGUGUAUUUAUUCUCAAGUUCAGAAAGUACUUGGUUAGGUAGCAAUAAUAUAGAUGCUUACAACAAGCUUAGUGUAAAUGGAUAUUUUUAUGUUAGCAAGAUCGCGCGGAACUACAGUUCGGCAAUAUAUUAUACCAUGGAAUAUGAUCCGUUUCGAGGCUGGUAUAUACCAGAGUAUACAACAACACCUCUGGAUGGAAAUUGGACGGGAAAUGUUGUAUAUGUGAAGAGUCAUAAAG